GUAGAAGCGGUGGACGCGAGAGCUGAGGUGCAUACACCGGUGACUGCUGGAGAGAGCGAUACUCACCAAGGAAACCGCUUUUAAAACCCCACAUUCUGGGUGUAGGGUAUUUUUACCUCGUCGGAUAAGAAGUACGUUUGAGUGGAUAAAACCUAAGCACCGACCAAAAGGUUUUUUUGUGUUUAUUCUCUGACUUGACUAGAUUUAGUCGGGAUUUGAGAAUGUCGGGGAGCCGAGAGGAGGAGCGGCGGAAACUCGCCGACAUCAUCAACCACUGGAACGCCAACCGGCUCGACCUGUUCGAGAUCAGCCAGCCGACGGAGGACUUAGAAUUCCAUGGCGUGAUGCGAUUUUACUUCCAGGACCGGGUGGCGGGAAACUUUGCCACAAAGUGCAUCCGAGUGUCCAGCACGGCCACCACGCAAGAUGUGAUUGAGACAUUGGCGGAGAAAUUUAGACCUGACAUGAGGAUGCUGUCAUCUCCAAAAUACUCCCUCUACGAAGUCCACGUCAGCGGCGAAGAGAGGAAACUGGACCUGGAUGAGAAGCCAUUGGUCGUGCAGCUGAACUGGAACAAAGAUGACAGAGAGGGGCGCUUUGUACUCAAGAACGAGAACGACAUUAUGCCCAAGAGAACACUGACAAAUGGCCCUGAGAAAGAGAAGGAGGGAGUGAUCCAAAACUUCAAAAGAACACUGUCCAAGAAGGAGAAGAAGAAAGAGAAGAAGAGGGAGAAGGAGGCCUUUUCCAGAAUUCCAGAUGGAGACGAGCUCACACUGAACCAAGAAGAUUGUGAGAACUCCAGGUUGGCAGCUGAGGUAUAUAAAGACAUGCCAGAGACCAGUUUCACACGAACCAUCUCUAACCCUGAGGUGGUGAUGAAGAGAAGACGACAGCAGAAGCUGGAGAAGAGGAUGCAGGAAUUCCGCAGUGGAGAUGGUCGGCCGGACUCAGGGGGAACUCUAAGGAUCUACGCUGAUAGUCUGAAGCCCAACAUUCCCUACAAAACCAUCCUGCUCUCUACUACUGAUAUGGCAGACUUUGCCGUGGCCGAGGCCCUAGAGAAAUACGGUCUGGAGAAGGAAAACCCUAGAGAUUACUGCAUCGCCCAGGUUAUUCACGUAAAUGAUAAACCAGUAAAAGAGGCUAUUCUGGAUGAUACAGAUUGCCCUCUGCAGAUCCUCAGAGACUGGACGAGCGAUAAAGAGGCCUUAGUGUUCCAGCUGAAAAAGCGACCUCCAGACUACGUUGCAAGGAAAGGACGUAAACCUGACAACAGGGUGGGGCCACAACACGGAUCCAUUCCUCCUGAGAAACUGCCCUACCUGGUGGAACUCAGCCCAGGGAGAGGGAGUCACUAUGCCUACUACUACCGCCACCAUGAAGACGGAUCGGACUCCAGGGAUAAACCCAAACUCUACCGACUGCAGCACAGCAUCACUGAGGUUGGAUCUGACCAGAGUGAAGAUGGAAACAUCCAGCUCUUUGGCCCUGGAAUUCUUCCUCAUCACUGUGACCUGAUGUAUGAGGAUGGGCUGGUGGCCGUGACCCCGGUUAGUUUGGACGCUGAGACAUUCGUGGAUGGACAGCAGAUCUCUGACACCACGGUGCUGCGUAGCGGUGUGACCCUCCAGUUCGGAGCCACUCACGUCUUUAAAUUUGUGGACCCCAGCUAUGACCACAGCAUGUCCAAGAGAGAUCCAGGGCCGAUGAUGAAGGGCAGACACAAAUCGGGGAGUGUCCCAGAGGCGAACUUUGAACUUCACGGGGACAUUCACAGUGGCUCUGCACUCCCUACAAGCAAGAGCUCAGGGAAGCUGGAGAUGGAACGUUCAGGAAAUGGUAGUGAAAGAGGUCUGGUUAAACCCAUGAUCAGAGGAGAACAGCAGGAAUUCAGCAAACAUGACGGAAGGUCCCAGGAUGGACCCGAGCUCACGCUGCCAGCCAGCAUCGAGUUCAGGGAAAAUUCCGAGGAUGCCUUCCUGUCCGCCAUCAUAAACUACACCAACAGCUCCACAGUGCACUUCAAACUGUCCCCCACCUACGUGCUGUACAUGACCUGCCGUUACGUCAUGUCCAGUCAGUACCGGCCCGACAUCAGCCCCUCAGAACGCACGCACAAGGUUAUCGCUAUCAUCAACAAGAUGGUGAGCAUGAUGGAAGGAGUUAUCCAGGAAAUUCCUGAAGGUGAACAGAAACAGAAGAAUAUUGCUGGGGCUCUGGCUUUCUGGAUGGCCAAUGCUUCAGAGCUGUUAAAUUUCAUCAAGCAGGACAAGGAUCUAAGUCGCAUCACGCUAGAUGCACAGGAUGUCCUUGCUCACCUUGUUCAGAUGGCUUUCAAGUUCCUGGUGCACUGUCUGCAGUCGGAUCUGAACAACUACAUGCCUGCUUUCCUCGAAGAUCCUGAUGAACAGAACCCACAAAGACCCAAGAUCGAAGACGUCCUGCACACACUAACGGGCGCAAUGUCUCUUCUGCGCCGUUGCCGUGUCAAUGCGGCCCUCACCAUCCAGCUUUUCUCCCAGCUCUUUCACUUCAUCAACAUGUGGCUCUUUAACAAGCUGGUGACUGAGGCAGACUCUGGCUUGUGCUCGCACUACUGGAGUGCCAUACUGCGACAACAACUCAGCCACAUCGAGGCGUGGGCUGAGAAACAGGGCCUGGAGCUGGCCGCAGACUGCCACCUCAGCCGCAUAGUGCAGGCAACAACCCUGCUCACUAUGGACAAAUAUUCCAUGCAAGACGUCCAGAACAUCAACAACACCUGCUUUAAGCUCAACUCUCUGCAGCUAAACGCUCUGCUGAGCAACUACCACUGCGCUCCUGAUGAGCCGUACAUUCCUCCUGAGCUGAUCGAUCACGUGGUAGCUGUGGCCGAGAACACUGCGGACGAACUGGCCCGAAGCGAUGGGCGCGAAGUACAGCUGGAGGAGGACCCUGACCUGCAGCUUCCUUUCCUAUUGCCUGAAGACGGCUACUCCUGUGACGUGGUGCGGAACAUUCCCAAUGGAUUUCAGGAGUUCUUAGAGCCACUUUGCCAGAGAGGAUUUUGUAGAUUGACCCCUCAUCCGCACUCUCCUGGAACUUGGACCAUCCAUUUUGAAGGAGCAAAUUGUGACAGCCACUUCUCGACUGAAAUUUCAGAUCUGCCAAUGCGGAAGGAUCCAGAAGUUGCGACUGUGACUUUGAAGAAACACAAUGGCAUGGGCCUCAGUAUUGUGGCGGCCAAGGGUGCCGGGCAGGACAAACUCGGCAUUUACAUCAAGUCUGUUGUCAAAGGAGGUGCAGCAGAUGUGGAUGGGCGUCUGGCUGCUGGAGACCAGUUACUCAGCGUGGAUGGACGAAGUCUUGUCGGCCUCUCACAGGAGAGGGCGGCAGAACUGAUGACACGAACCGGCUCGGUCGUUACGCUUGAGGUGGCCAAACAGGGAGCAAUUUUCCACGGGCUGGCCACACUCCUGAAUCAGCCUUCCCCCAUGAUGUCCCGUGCGUCAGACCGUGGACGUGGGGACAAGGGGAAAGCCAGACCAAAAAGUGAGGGUUUUGAGCUCUACAACAACUCUGUGCAGAACGGCUCACCUGAGAGUCCUCAAGACACAUGGGAUGCCUACCCUGAACCAAAGAAGGAUGACAGGUUACUGAAGAACCGUGCAGACCACCGGUCCAGUCCAAAUGUGGCUAACCAGGCACAAAGUCCAGGAGGAAAACCUGUUUACCCAGGAGCACCAGGAAAGAUCACUUCGGUCUCAACGGGAAACCUCUGCACUGAUGAGGAGCCAUCUCCACCCCAUCCAGAGGCAUAUCCAAUCCCCACUCAGACAUACCCUAGAGAAUAUUUCACUUUUCCAGCCUCUAAAUGUCAGGACAGGGUGGGCCCUGGCCAGCCCUGGCAAAAUAACGAGCCAGAGCCUCUACCCCCUAUGGAUAACCACACUAACAACAACAUAGCUAUGCAGCGGGUAGCGCGCUCACAGGAGGAGCUGUGUGAUGUGCCCGGCGGUUACCCAGGGGACCAUCUACACCAGGAAGGCCUGAUGCACCUGCAACAGCAUGAGGCAGAGUACCGAGGCGGAGGCGAGAAUUGGAACCACCAAGUGUCGUCGUCGGUGGAGUCCAGCACAUCCAGCCAAGAGCACCUCAACUUCUCCUCCUCCUCUGCCUCCAGGAACCAGGGCAACCACAAGAGUGGCCCUGGUCGCUGGAAGACCCCGAUAGCCCCCCAAUCUGGCCCUGUGGGUGUCUCCCAACCCUCCCGCUCUGACCUACCCCCACCACCUCCUCCUCCACCUGCACACUAUGACUACGAGCCACAGGUUGACCUACCCCUUCCGCCUCCACCUUCUGUUGCACAACAACAGGCAGCAGCCGCCAUGGCCGCAGCCGACCGCAAGAAGCGCGAAGAGCAACAGCGCUGGUAUGAAAAGGAGAAAGCUCGGCUUGAAGAAGAGCGAGAGAGGAAAAGAAGAGAUCAGGAAAGGAAGUUGGUGCAGAUUCGGAACCCUCCCGUCCCAGUUAUGCACAACAACCAACAUGGCCCCCUACCGCCUGCCCCUCAGCACCAACAAAUUCCCCAUCCACAGCCUCCAGUGCAGGUGCCUCAACCCUACUUGCCCCCAGUCCAACCUCCUCAACCACACCCACCACUACCAGCCCGACCUGAUAAACUCUCCAGCCUCCCACGCCAGCCCUCACAGUCCCAGGACACGGUAAUCCGUGAGUUCCUACCCCAGCAACAGCCACGCACCAUUGAGAGACGUGACCUGCAGUACAUCACCAUCAGUAAAGAGGAAUUGUCCAACAGCGAUAGCCUCUCCCCAGACCCCUGGAAGAGGGACGCCCGUGAGAAACUGGAGAAGCAACAGCAGCUUCACAUUGUUGAUCUUCUAGACAAGGAAAUACAGGACUUGCAGGCAAAGCCUGAGCGCACGGCAGAGGACAACGACCGACUGCGAAAACUCAUGCUGGAGUGGCAGUUCCAGAAGAGACUGCAGGAGUCCAAACAGAACGAGGAGGACGAGGAAGAGGAGGAUGAUGAAGAUGUAGACACCACACUUAUUAUGCAGAGACUGGAGGCGGAGAAAAGAGCAAGGCUACAGGAUGAAGAGCGACAAAGGAAACAGCAACUGGAGGAAAUCCGUAAGCGUGAGGCAGAGGAGCGAGCCAAACAGGAGGAGGAGAGACGCUGGAGAGAGGAGGAAAGAGCCAGACGAGAGACUGAGGAGAAGAGGAGACAGGAGGAAGAUUACUACACUCGCCUGGAGGCAGAGCGGCGCCGGCAGCACGAGGAAGCCGAGCGCAAGCUGCUAACGCCAGAAGAGCCUGGUCUGUACAGACCCCCCCUCCCCAGGGACUACCAGCCCCCUUCUCCUGCAUCUGCCCUUGCCACUAACAGCAACAGCGCCCCUCCACCCCCGCCUCAGAGAAACACCUCCUACCUCAAAACCCAGGUCACCUCCCCCAACACCAUAUACACUGCCAAGUUUGUCUCGUACAAUGAUGAGGACGAGGGCGACGACCCGGGCCUAGCAGGUCAGGUUAAGUUCUCGGCCACACGGAAGUCCUACGGUGAUCUUCCCCCCAACCCAAAGCCCCAGCCGCCGCCAACCGCGCGCAAGCCCCGCCCUGUCUCAGAUGGCAUUUUUCUGUCCAGCUCAUUCCAGCUGCCCGCUGCGGCCAAUGCCAACAGUACCGCUACCAAGGCAGGGCAGCCCCCUCCCCUUCCCACCAAACCAAGCUUCAUCCCAUCAGCCAACUCAAAAGGGUUUAAUUCAUACACUGGAAACUCAACAGGACUAGGAUCGGGAGAGGUUUACAAUGACCCACAAGAGAAAUGGACAAAAGGCGGUCCCGACCAGGAGAACACAAUAGGAGGAGCCCCAGAGAAUCUAACAUUUAAGGAGCGCCAGAGAUUGUUCUCAGAGGGAAAGGAAGUGUCAAGCAAGAUGAAAGCUUCCCGGAAGCUCAUGGAACUGGAGAAUGAACUAAACAUAAAACAGUAGCAAAGAGCCCGAGCAGGACUUAUUGCCAAUAUCCGACACAUCCCUGGAAAACCAUCAGCCAUCUAGAGCUUCCCACUCAUUUUACGAGUUUCCUUUUGGUUUUAUUGAAUAACUGGAUGGUUAAGUAUCAUUUAGCUGCAUUGUUGCAAUAAGAGACAAUACUCCAUAAAUUCCCUCAAAAGAUAUAUUAUGAUAAAGCACUGUAAAUUGUUUUAAUUAUAUUAAGAAAUUUGAAAUGACAUGAAAGGGGUAUAUUUUUGUUUGUGCAAGUCUUUGCUCAUUUUAUUUUUUUUAAUAGGCAGUCAUGUGGGAUAUUUUACGGUGUUAUUUUAUUAUCUUCCAUCAUCUUUCCACUUUUUUUUUCUUUCUAGAGUAAGUGCCGAUAUAAUAGACCAAGGUUAACAUCUCAACAGAACGGGGACAGAGUUGUUCAUGUAUUUUAUCAAACUGAUAAACAAAACUUGUAUAGGAAGCUUCCAUUUUUCAUGUCACAUCAUUUUUGUCCUCCUGGUCCCUCCACAUUCACAGAUACACAGACACCUUUAGCAUACCUCGUGUCUGCAAGAAAAUAUUCAUUUUUCCGCUCUGUAAUGAGCUUUCGUAUCCUCGUUUGCACCAUUCGUGAAUUAAACUUUUUCCUCUUUUUACUGGACCGUCUGCAAGUCUGUCAUUCCACGAGCACUGAGGGUUACAACUUUUAUAAUAAUUUUGUUUAAAUGGAUGAUCCACCUACACCGUAGCCAGGUGCCAUUGGCGAAACAAAUUUUGAUGGUAGUAUAAUGAUAAAAGAUGAUUUAAAUAAGAUUGUGAUUGUGAGACGCAAGAGCCUUUUCAUUAGAAGGUAUUUAUUUUAACCUUAUUGACGUGGUUACAGAUUUGUUUGUAUUUAUAAGUCUGGACAGUCUGGUGUUUAAAUUUGAUGGAUGAGCAUCAAACAUGACAGCUAUAUGCGUCCUAUUGUUUCUGACAGAAUAGGCCACUAGUCCACUGUUUAAUUGCGUAACAACUAGGUCCCCACAGCUUACAGUAUUGCAGACUUUAUUUAAAUGAAAGAUCUGGUUGUGUCUCUUACGUUUGAAACACCCGCAUCUUUCCAUUCAUAGUCCAGAUCUGUCGCCGCCUGUGUAAAUAAUUUUCCAGAGAACAAAGACUUUGUAAAUUCAAAUGAUGCAUAAGGGUAAUGUGUCAAUAUCUUUCUUUGUGCCACUUUGAAAAACAUAAACUGACACAUAUAAGCCGUCGUGUUUUCAUUUUAGGUUAAAGAUGGAUUCAUUUUAAUGGUUGUUAAAUAGGCUUUUGUAAAUCAUAAAUAAAUACAGAUUUUACAACAACAAAAAAAGGUGAAAACUGUCUGGGUGUUUUGUAAGAAUUGUUUAUGGGGAUGAAGUCCACACGUAGUGGACUUUAACCAUUGGAAACUUGUUGCUUUAAGGAUAUAUGGAGGGCCAAAUGACUAAAAAUGCAGUCAAUAAGUUUAUAAUUACAUAAUGAAAUUAAGUUAAUUAUUAAAUCACUACAUAAAUCAAUAAAUGGGUAAGU